CGGGGCUCUCCAUCCAAAGACCCUGCGUUCAAAGCGGGCCCAAGCGGACUCUCACUGCUCCCAACUUUACUGCGCUCUUCCCUUCCUUCUACCCCACUGCCACCUUACUCGGAGGUCGCGACAUCCUAUGAAUCCGGCAGUGGGGCUGAGGCUGGGGCACACAGUGGAUCAUACUUUCCUCCUCGCCUUAACAGGAGAGCCAGAUGGACCAGGUUCGCGCUCCUUGCUGUGUGCUUGGCAUGUAUCGUCCUGGUUGGUGUGAGAAUACAGGGCGUGGAGAAACGUGGAAGUACGGUGGGACCGAGGAAAUGGCUUGGUGGGGGGGACAGAAUGAGACCUUUUGACAUAAGCCAAUAUGUGAAGGGCAAGCCAACUGCACUCUUUCGGGAUAACCUGAGGGAAGACGCGAAGUACAUCACGACAUGGGUGGCGGGUGGCUGGACGAACGACGUAAUGGCGAUCGCACACUUGCUCUUCCUCGCCCACCUGUCUAACCGUGUACCGGUCCUCCCGCGCUUCACUCCCACGCACUUCCCCAAGUCUGCAGGAAUGAUGCGUUUCUCAGACAUUUUCGAUCUGCCCCAGCUAGAAAGGGCGCUCAACAUGCCUAUCUUAGAAUGGGACGAUCUCAAGCUCACCCAGGCGAACGUCAGUUACAUACCACGGGAGGACUUGGGCUGCUGGAGUAGCUGGAUGGCUGGGGGGGAGGAAAACAGAGAGCCAAGGGAGACGGAGAACCCAAGGUUGUUGGGGCUCAAUGUGCAUUAUACUCCCGUUCCACGCGGCAACAAAAUGUACGGUGUCGGCGAUUGGCAUCUCCUGUUCGGUCGUCUCCUGCAGCUGGCCUAUCCCUCUGGCCGCACCGCCGCACUCAAAGAAGUAAAGGCGCUCAAGGUGCUGGAGCCCGACGAGCAAAUGUUGUGCUUCGACUGGCUCUACUACACGGGACUUGACCGAAGCUUCGAAUGGGAGUACGACUACUCCCCUGAAUGGCAGCUUGUUGCACGGCAUAUGCAUUGGAACCUCGUGCUCGAUGCACUGGCCGACGAAUACCUGCGCCGUCACUUCCAUGUCUCCCCAAGCGAUCCCGUUCCACCCUUUAUCUCCGUGCAUGCUAGGAGAGACGAUUUUGGGGAUGGAUGUCCAGGGAGGAACUCGAGCUGCCUUCCGAACUAUGAACAACUGAAGCAAAGGAUUUAUGAGGUGCAGUUUGAGUUGUGGAAGGAAAGAGGGACACAGGUUGAGCGUGUGCUCGUGAUGAGUGAUGAGAAGGACCCACAAUGGUGGGCAGGCAUAGUGGAGAAUGGAUGGGGAAGGAUCGAUCAUACGAAAGAAGGAACGGCAGAACAGCAUGGGUUGUGGUAUGAGAUGCUCCUGGAUGUCGUCUUUCAUUCAAAGGGGACGGGGUUUGUGGGCACUGAUAGCAGCACAAUGUCCUUAUUGGCAGAGAGAAGGGUGAAGGACUGGAAUGGGGGUAGCACUGCGAGGCUGCUGUGGCAUGGCCUAUGA